UAUUAAUAUAAACUUUAAGCAUAAAUAUCAAAUAAGGCCGCCUAAACCAUAGCCUGUUGGUAGAUAGCCUACACAGGAAUUCUUAUUCAUCAUGAUCGACAUCACUUUGAUGUGUACAAAAGAGUCUCACAUCACAAUAGUUCUCUUCACAAGUGAAACAUAUACACUAUAUACAAUAAGCUAAAAUUCAAUUAAAAUCUAAGCAAUGGUUGUGAAGGGAGUACGACAGUCAGCACAAGAUACCGGGCACGGAACACGUGCAACACCCGAUCAGGUGCAGUUCGCGAACGCAGGGUCGAGUUAUAAUAAGGCCAACCCACAACAUGACAAUGAACCCUCACUUUUAGAGACUAUGAAAAAUAUGGUCAUGGGUACGGACGAGGCAAACAAUCGGGAUGCACACGACAAGACACGCUCUAGUAAUGAGCUAACAGUGUCAGAUAAUGCCGAUUUCUCAUCAAGCCCUCGUGCGCAUGCGAGACCCAAUUCAACCAGGCAGGUUGAACAAGCUGUCAAUAAUCCACACUCACGCGACCGUGAAGCUGUACGCCCUGAACCUGAGAGCGGUAUCACAUCGACGCAGGGUAGCGGGAUUGGUGACGGUAGCCGUGGUGGUGUGCCGCAGACAGGACACAACAAUAACGACCCCUCCAUGAUGCAGAAGGCCAAACAUAAGAUCACAGGGGACGGGAACGACGAUGUAUCUUCAACAACUGGCACUAGAAGAGAUAGUGAUGGUCAUGAUACGUUCACUCGCAACAACACCACCACCGCCCGUGGGUUUGACACUGUACCUGUCGAUAAGAACACGACCUCAUCUGGGGUGGAACCUACAUUGACGACGGAAGCUGCCUCUCGUGCAGGCCAUCACAGCAACAAUCCUAUGGCGGAUUACAACACGCGCUCUGAAAUGAAAAACUCACAUGACAGAGGGUCAGGUACCGAUGGUCCUAUGUCUUCUGGAAUAGCAGCUACGGCAGCUGGCGCGGGGACUCGUACUGCUGUAGGCAAUGGAGGUAGCAAUCACGAUUCUAUGAACAAAACCGCACCCACCAACAUGCGAAAUACGAGCGGUAGCCACCUUACCUCUGAAGGCAAGUCUGUACCCUCGAUUAGGAACAAUGCAUCUCAUGUAAACCCACAGCAUACUAGUAACAAUAGACAAGGUUCCUUGAGUGGAUCUUCGAUGUCGAGUGUGAGUUCUAGUGAUGACGCAGACCUGGUAACAAAGAAACGAAAUGCUCAUCGUAGAAGAGCUGAGAGAGGAUCGACUGCUUCACAUUCAUCUAGGUCAUCGAUUUCUUCCGCAUCGUCAGGUGAUGAUCAUACACAUACGAGAGGUCCUGUCGGGGCUGGUGACGUUAUUAUUCCGAAUAAUCUAGAUGAAGCCGGUGGGACUCCUGCGUUUAACAAGAGCGUCCAAAAGCCUUCACUGGUGUCUCAGCGUGCCAUGGCGCUCGCCGGCGGUCAAGCAGCCCUAGGUGUCAUGGAUGUCGGUGCAUUGUCUAGAAGCAAAGUGUCCUUCAGGAAAGAAAUUCCCAUUGAGGUGUACGGGGACAAAAAUCCAGACGCGCACGUAACGUGCUCACACUUACUCAGUCAGGCACGGAAGAGUCAUACUUUGAAUGCGCUUGUGCCCGUGCAGCCGUCACAGAUUUUACCUUCUAAUUCGACAUUAGAUAAAGCGCUUGUCAAGGUUAACAAAGACAUGGCUAAGGCGCACCUGCGAGCGGAGAAGAACUCAGCAAAGGAGACAAAACGACGCGACAAAGAAGUGGGUUCAAUUGAGAAACGCCUUUUGAAAGAAAUUGCUCGCUACAGCAAACAGAUGUUCGAAGAUGAAGAAGUCAGAAACCCAGUGAAGAGACAUUCUUUGGAAGAGUGGGAACAAGAGGCGAAGCGAGUAAAAUGGCCUCUGAUCAGCGAAUAUGACCGCGCGCUCAGUAAGAGUCACUUGGAUGCUAUGAAGCUUAUAUACCGUAUGCGCCUGCUGGAUUGUGUGUCGAUUUUCGAACGAAUGCAUGCGUCUGAAUGGUCUGAGCUAUGCGAGAUUGAAAACAAAGAGUGGCAUGAUCUGGCAAAAGAUGUCGAAUCUGACAAGAAGGAUGUCGAUAAAGACACCAAGUGGGGUAUUACUUCCAAACUGACUGGUCACAAGAAAGUGGAUGGUGUUAAACUGGAUAAAGACGAAUUGGAUGAUACAGCAAAUGCGAAGAAGCGGGUACUUUCGUUUCAGAAUGAAGCACAAGUUGAAAAGCUUCGUGAUGAACAAAUGAGAAGACGUGCGUCGCUCUCUGCGGCCCAGGAGAAGACAAUCAAUACUUUUGUCGGCACACAGUCUGAGCUCAUGAACAAUAUGAGAAUUCAUGUGCUUACGUAAGGUAUUCGAAGUUUGAAAGUAUACAACUCUUAAUAAAGUCCUGAUCAUAUCGAA